ACGAAGUUGAGUAUUGGAAAACGGCCCAGGAUUCUGUUGGAUAGGAACGCCCUCGUCUGUAGAUCCAUCGCAUCGUACAGUGCCACCCGCGCAGGGCGGCAAGGAACACACGACACCAAAACAGUCCAGGCAGUGCUCCAGUGCAACCCAGAUGGCGGGAUUACAAAAGGUGAACAGGUUUGAUAGUGACCAAUACAGUGUUGUUUCCGGACUAGCGCCUAACUGUCACUUGAAUGAACCCUCACCGUUACGUGAAGGCUAUGUGCGCUACGGUUACUGCGAUUAUAACACGAUCCAGCCUCUUCACGAGUCAUCCGAGAGGCGAUUACUGGUCUGGUCCACAGGCGACUUUGGUCUUAAGAGGAUUCGGAGGUCUCCCACGGAAUUAGUGGGACUCCACAUAUGGGAUAUUGCAGGCCAAGAUGCGUUCCGGCAUCUCACCAGGGUCUUUUAUCGCUCAGCCUCGGCGGCUGUGGUUAUGUUCGACCUGACCUCACGGAGGUCCUUCGAACACGUCAAGGAAUGGAAGCAAGAUUUAGACGCCAAGGUCGCUAUGCCCGACGGUAGUCCUGUUCCCUGCCUUCUUCUCGGUAAUAAGUCGGACCUAGACCAAUACGUUGUUACUGACGAAGAGAUUACACUGAUGUCCCAAGACCUGAAUUUCGUGGGCUGGAGUAAAAUAUCUGUCAAAGACUACGUUAACAUCGACCAACCAAUGCUAUUUCUCGUUGAUGUAAUUCUGGCUCGAUGUUACCCCACUUUCCAAGCACGAAGGAGGUCAGACCCGGAAGAAAUCGACGCACGCGAGUUUGCAGACAGUAUUGAAUUGUCGCCAAGAAAAGAGGACCGGAAAACCUCGACUUCGUGCUUUUGUUUCUAUUAGUUUCAUUCAGGAGAAAUGUUUCGAUUCCGGCUGCAGGUGAGAGAGGACGCAGGAAAGAGCUUCAACUGUCACACGACGAGACUGGCAUAAAGUGAGAUCUUAAAGAUUAGAAAGCAGUGUCUUUGGCCGUUUUGAGUCUCUGGAAAGAGAUCAGGUCAAGUUACAUGUUUUUGCCGUCCGUCGCAUGGAAAACCUGCAUUUAUGGCAAAGUAACUCAAAUAAACCGAUUUCUAAUUGCAGGCAAAUUUCAACAGCAAGCUAAAGGAAGCGGCCCCCAAAAUAAAAUGGUUGCAAAAGGUUGAAACUUUUCAUUCAAUUUGCCCCAUUAAUGUUCAUCCAUCAGCACUUGUUGAAAAGGAAAGCGAAGGAUAUACAUUGUACACCAUGGGUCCUAAGGGAAACUUGUGUCAUAAUAGAGAGCAUUUUAUAAAUGAAAGCACAAAGCAAGACCAUCGCAAACAACAUAACUAAACAAAAACAAAAAAAAAACUUAAAAUCACUUUUAUUUUGCAAAAUGUAUAUGACUACAUCAAGAAAACCUCACUGAUCUGUGAGUUUAUUGGUUUUGACAAAGUAGAUUUUUUUUUAUCAAGCUCAUGGGUAGGGUAUAUAGUUAUAGUUUCUAUAUUGGAACGAAAGAGGGCGCUUUGCAACCCUUCAAUGACUUCCCUUUGAACUUGAAUCACUCAUGUGGGCCAACCGAUGCCAGGCUUCAUCAAAUCUAGUGACAAAGUACUGAUAACGUCGUUACAUGAAAUUUUCAUGGCCUUUGGGAGAAGCAAAGAUACAUUUGAGGGGCUGUUUUACACCCGUGUUUGAUAGGAAAUGAAAUCGUCCUUUCAAAGUUUCUUUUUUGAAUAAGACAUGUAGGAUAAAGAGCGUAUGACCCCGGCCUGUGGUCAUCCCCUCUCCAUCCGCUAAUGAGCGCUGGUUGCAAGAAGGAAAGUCACUCCCCUCCAUUGUGUGGGUAGAGAUUCCAGAGGUGGGGGAUAUAUCCCCCACUUUUUGACCUUGGGAUUACCAGUAUAAUCAUCUCCCACUUUUCAAGUCACUGACUAUGCAUAUCAACGACUACACACUUGCCGGCGUCACGAUCUCACCUAAGAUGAAGGCCACAGCGAGCUUUUAGCAAUCAUCCCCCAACAUGAAAGAAGAAGCCUCCGCUCAUGCUGUAUUGUAAAAUCGACCCACGAACAACUCCAGUUUGGCCCAAUACCUAUAAUAAAUGCCACUGAAGGAGUAAACCAAGCGUAUUAAAACUUUACAUCAGAGCGACGUAAAUUUUGACAGUCAAAACUCAAUUAUGAACCCCCGCUCACGGAAUUGUGCAGCACCACAGCAAUGUACUGUUCACAACACAUGCAAAUGUCACGUGGAAAUGUUUUUAUUGGAAGGUUUUUGCCCUUCACGCACGUGUGCAAAGGAACUGCAGCACAGUCUGGCAUCCGGAAUGGAACAGUCUGGGAUCCGGAUGGAACAGCAUGUAUGUUGUUUCCCGGGGAGUAUCGAGCCUCCAGCUCCAUUAUAGUCCCUUUGUCUUCAGGAUUGAAAACCCAUCGAAAUGCAGGCAUAACAACCUGGCGAAGGUUAUAGGAAUUUUUCACGAGGGUUCAUCCUGCAUGUAGAAAAAAAUGCUGUUUGCUCCAAUAAAGAAAAACGCAAACACCGCUUUACUUGUAGAAAGUAUACAAUUAUGAAUUGAUGCAUGGUAACACUCAUGUUCAUGAUCUGUUUGUGAUCUUUUCAUCAGGUAGAUAGUAUCACACAUCUUUUUGGGCAUUUUAUACAGUAAAGAUAACAUAAAAUAAGCAUCCACUUAUAAGCUUAGACCGACUUCUCCUCCCCUUUUGCAAGAGGGGGUGUCAGUCUCAUACUCGACUCCUGGGUUUUGGGGGUCGUUCCUACACUGGGCCUCAGUCUUGUUCCAAUCUCAGCAGUAGCCUUGGCACCUUGAGCUUCCAGAGGCUGGAUUCAGUUUGUUAAACGCCCUGAAACUGAACAUUUUGAUUAUAAAUCAAACCAAGUCUACAACCACCAAUAAUCCACGUAUCAGAAUUAUAGGCUUUUUCUUUGGAAUCGGUUCCUGCUAUUAUACUUUCAGGAAGCAAGUACAUAGACACGUCUGAUAUCAUAUUACAAGGCAUAUACCAACCAACUUAUACUGCUUAUUUUAUAUGCGUGUACUUUUCUUUGUCUGACUAGAAGCCUUAUUUCCAUUGCUCUGUCAAGGCUCUUGACAGGUAUACACGUACAUGUGCCUUCCUGUUCACGGAAUCCGGUUUUAAAAAGCGUUGUCAACAAACGCCUUCCUGUUGGGACCAGUUCAUAUAUGUUAGGGUGCGAUAACCUUUGAAGUUAUCCAAACUGUACAAUUAUUUCUUAAGUCUGAGCGCGGUGAUGGGCGACAUCACUGAAAGUACAGGGGUGUUUUGAUAACCUCACAAAACAACAUCCAGGGGCAGCCCCCACGCUCAGCAACCGUCGAACUCCUCUGAGCCACUGCACUUCAUGGUGCAUAAAACGACACAAGAAAGGGUUUAUCUACAAUGGUUAAAUGUUAAUCUGAUGAAAUUUUCAGCUCUUAAGA